AUGUUACUCGAUAUGGAGCAGCCGUGGUAUAAGGCGGUUAUGAUCCAUGCUCAUGUUCUUAGAUGCAUAACUGAUGCCUUCUGUGUAUGGAAUUCACGUUUAGCUCCUAUAGUACUUUCGCUUUCUGACCCGGUGGAACGGCGGAAAUACAGCAGACAUGCAAAAUUACUUGCUGCUUGCUUAUUUGAUUCCGAUGAGGCUUUAUACAAAAGCCAUUAUUUGCUUGGGACAUGUCGUGCGAUUACAUGGUGGCGACGUUCAUUUAAGAUUAUUGCUCACAUACUGGCUAUGCCAUCUGGGGACCGCCACUCUGGCGAUGCAUUGCCAACGUAUGAACAUAUUAUUGAGACUAUGCAGUAUUUCGAAUCUGUUCUUGCGAAAUCGAAGGCAAAAACCUUCCAACAAUACGAAGCACAAAUUCUUAUUAAACAGGUUUUGAUAGCUGUUAAUCAUUCCUCAUACGCUGAUUUAACACUGAUUGGCGAUCCAUUACAAAAUAUGGAUUUCAUAAAAGCUCGUUAUGAAACGUUAGUGAAAUGUCGAAGUAGCGUAUAUUAUGGUGAGGAUAUGAAAGAAGAAGAUGCCGCUUGCGCAGCAUUUGCUGGUGGUGAAUUUGAAGAAACGAAAAUUGAUGAGUACUUGAAAUUAAGUGCAGUCCUGGCAGAGCAUUUCAAAGUGGUACUGCAGCUGUGUUUUAAAUAUGUUGAGUUAGGAAUCCUUCGAGAGAGUGAAAGUGAAGGGUUGAAGCUACUGCAGCAGGUUCUAAAAACGACAAAUUUGCAAAGAUGUUUGGCAGUGUUGAACGUUUUAUUUCUAACAUCGACACUUGCUCGCGAGAAUAGUGUGAAUAUUCGCCCAGAUCCAUUUCGACCACUUAUUGCUUCUCUGUGGAGUAUAUCGAAAAACGAAAUUUCUGUUUGUGCAGAAAGACACAACAAGGAACUAAAUUAUUCUUCUAGAAGUCAAGAAAUAACUAAUUUAACUGAAGAUGGACCAAACAGUUUACCAGAAGAAAAUAAAGAAAAUAUUGAAAAUAAAUUAACAUUGGACGAGCAUGCUGAAUUUUGCGAUUGCGUAAUCUGCAAACUUUGUAACAUGAAUUCACAGAUGCACGUAGAAGCUAUUUUUUCAAGGAUGUUAUUUUAUCGAUAUUCAUCAAGAAUGUUUCGCAUGCUUUCCGAAAGGAUUUUGAAACUGUCUCAGGAAACUUCAUUAGAUGUAAUUGCGAUUUGUUCGGCACUUCAGAAGGAAGCAACGGAAAAAGAAAUUGAAGAACGAAGAUAUCCAUUGGAAGCAUUGGAUCGUUUUCUGCUCGCAGCAAUUCGAUGGCUCCGAAAAGUUGGUGAAGAAGAAAACCCGGAAAUUGUACAGGAUGUAAUAAAAGAAUCGUUGAAAAUAUGCUUAACGGAUCCCAUAUACUUUCGUUCUCAAUGGUUAACAAUACGGCAGUUAGCGCGUGCGCCUUUGAAAAUUCCAAAGUUGGAAUGGAUGCAUUUGCAUGUGAAAACAGGGUUACGUUCCCCACUGAAAUCUCUUGUCAUCAAUCUUGCAUCAGAACUGAAUGCAUUAACACUUUGCUCACCAAGACCAUCUUCAGUUUUGAACUCUGAGAAAUAUACACCGAUCUCAAAAGCAAAUCACAAGACUACUACUAACGUCUCUCGCAGUUGUGUAGACAUGGAAAUGGAAGAAGCUCGAAAAGAUUUUGAUUCCUUUUCCCAUCUUUUCUAUAGGGAGUGGCGAUUCCAAAUUUGUUCUUAUUUGGGACAAGUCUGCGCUUUCAAAUAUAAAGCUGACUGGAUUAAGCCAGAUUGGAGUGCCGCUUAUUAUUUUAAUGAAGCAAUGUUUAUGAGUACUCGUCAAUUGGCCCGCAUGAUUUCGAAAAAAUCAGAGAAGAGCCAAAAUUUUCAUUUUGAAAACAUCGAAAAGUUUAAAGAGGCUGUUCAACGUUUACCGCCUGACUUGACGGUGGUGCAACUUUUUCUGGAUUCUAGACGAAUACUUUGGUUAAUCAAAUUAUACAAUGACCGUUCACCAUUGGUUGUACCUGUUGCAUUCGUUCCACAGGUGGAUGACAUGCUUCUGAAACGUUUCUUAAGCUUGUUGGCAGAAAAUGACGCGUCAGGAAAUCUUAGUAAAACAUGCACAGAUCCAAAAGAAUAUUGGCGGAUAAGAAGAAAGUUGGACAAAAAACUGAAGAUUUUGAUUGCCGAAGUGCAAACAGGAUGGUUUGGGAUUUUUUCCGUUCUGCUUUUACCUUCCGUCAAUAUGAAUGAUGCUUGUAUUUCACUUAUCGAUAAACUAGUGAAUAUUGGAUUUUCACGAAGUUUUGCAAGUACGUUAGUCGAGAAUAUGGACUUGUCGACAGCUAAUUGGCGGCAGUUAGUACAGAGAUUUUCAAGUUUAGAAAAUUUUGAUGAAACUGUUGCUACAUAUAUUGCUGAUCGUCAAAGUCAUUGGAUGUCGAAGUUCGGAAAGCACUCAUUUCUUCGUGACUUUUCAAAUAGUUAUGUCUUGUUUUGCAUCUCACCAGAAUUAGCUUCAUUUCCUUUCGAACUUUUGCCGGUGAUGGAGUCGCACAAACGUGUUUGUAGGAUAUCAUCAUUCCACAUGUUCGAGGAACUUUUAUGUCUUUCGAAAAAGAUACCAAAAACAGUUGAUGGAAAGAAUUCUUUUUAUGUGCUCGAUCCUGGAGGUGAUUUAACCGAUACACAGAAAAGACUCUCAAAAGAACUGGAAAAAUAUACUUGUUGGAAAGGAACAAUUGGAGCUGCACCAAAGCCGGAAGAAUUGCGCAACUCGUUAGAAACCAGUGAUCUAUUUUUUUAUAUGGGCCAUGGAAGUGGCGGUAAAUAUUUUGGAAGAUCAACAGUAUUACGGAGCAACAUUCGCGCCGUAUCACUUCUUAUGGGCUGUUCCAGUGUUCGCAUAACUUAUGAGGGCGAAGGAUUCGACGGCAGGGGUGCAAUUUACGAUUAUAUUAUAGCAAAGUGUCCUUGUGUUGUUGGUUGUCUUUGGAUGGUCACUGAUGGUGAAAUUGAUCGAGUGCUCUUGGCUCUUCUAGAUUUCUGUUUCUCUGAAAUUCAAAAGUCAAACGCUGACAAAAUCAGGCCAAACUCGUCAUAUAGACUACUGAUAGAUGGAAUUGCAUACGCCCGUACAGCAUGCAAGCUAAAAUACUUGACUGGUGGUGCUGUUGUUGCAUAUGGAUUACCCAUUGUAACUCAUCUAUCGCAAGAUAUGAUAGCGAUGAAGCAACAGUUCGAAACAACGCAGCUUUUGGAUGAGGAUACUGCUUCAGUAUCGAGGGAAUUAUUAGCUUCUGGAAAAUCGUCUUGUUGA